AUGGGUUUUUUUAGUUUCUGUAGUGUGAAAUUUUUCGUUCUAGUGAUCGUCCUCGACUUUGCGGCUUCCACCGAACCAACUAGGACACCAGUCCGGCGCGGGCUCCAAAAUGUUAUAAGAGUUGGCAAGAGGUAUGGAGAUGACGAUCUAUGGGAUUUUCCAACAGAAGAUAAACGCUUUGGAAAACUCAUGGCUUUCCCAAGGGUAGGCCGGUCAUCAACAUCUUGGACAGCUGAUGAAAAUACAGAAAAAAGAAGUGAUUCCAACUCUGGAAUAUGGUUUGGGCCCAGAAUAGGGCGGUCUUCAUCGAAGAUCGAAGAUGGCUCUCCCUGGACGUAUAUUUUGUGGAAUAGCGAUAAGCCCCUGAACAGACAUACUCACGACAUUAACUCGCGAGGUGAUGGAGAAGAGGACUCUUCAAGUGAAAACAAUGGAGAGGAAUCGAAAGAACAAUUGUUUAAUUACUAAAACUUUUAGCAUUUAAUUUAUCUCAUAAUAUGGCUUUUCCGCUAUGAUAUCCGCAUAAUUAAUGCAAAUAAAAAUGAUACAUUCGCCCUUGAAAAACAGAUUGCUACCUGAAUGUGUGUUAAAAACUA